AUGGAGGUUGGUGCCUUUAUUAAAGCAUGCCAAGAUCAAAUUGAUGUCUUAAAAAACAGCAUAAAUGAUGAAGAAACAAAUUCAACGGGCUGGCUUGGCAUUCAGGUUGAUAAAUCUAAUGCUGAUACUGUGGCACACAAACAUGGGGUGGUUUUGAGUUUGAGUGAGAAGCUUCACUCUGUGACCUCACAAUUUGAUCAGCUGAGAGCCAUACGCUUCCAAGAAGCCAUUAGUAGAGCAACACCAAGAAGAAAAUUUAAGCCUAUUACCAAACCAAGUUUUGAAAAUCCAUCUCAACUAAACAAUUUUGAGCCUAGAGAAGCUGAUCAAUUUCAACCGGAGCCUCUAAAAGUCAAGCAACAGCUCUUGGAUGACGAAACACGUGCUCUUCAGGUCGAGCUGACUAGCCUCUAGAUUCUGUUCAAGAAACCGAAACUAAGAUGGUGGAAAUGUCAGCAUUGAAUCAUCUCAUGGCUACACACAUUUUGCAUCAAGCCAAACAAAUAGAACAACUAUACGAUCAGGCUGUUGAAGCUACACACAAUGUGGAGCUUGGUAACAAAGAACAGUCCCAAGCUAUCCAGAGGAAUAGCAGCAGCAUGACCUUUCUUAUUCUUUUCCUAUUUGUACUCACUUUUUCAAUUUUGUUUCUUGAUUGGUACAGUUAGUUAAAAUGUUUUCACCUCCAAUUAACAAAAUACUAUAUUUCUCUUUGUACUUAUUUCAUUGAAAAGGGGAAAAAAGAAGAAGAAAAGGAAAUGGAAUUUGGUCCUAAA